AUGCGACAAGAGAACGCGGCCUCAUGGAGCGACAUCCCGACUUCUGCGCUGCGCGCUGAACUGCUACGUCGACAAGCAGUCGAUCAUGACCGUCCUACCUGUGGCAGCGCUGGUACCACCAACGACUACAACAUGCCUCUGCAUGUCUUUGCUCUGGUUCUGAUCCUUGUACUCAGUACACUAGCAUGCUCGUUCCCAAUUCUCGUCCGACGCUCUCCACGCCUGCCCGUACCUCGUCAAUUCCUAUUUCUGUCUAGGCACUUUGGCACCGGCGUCUUGAUCGCGACCGCUUUUGUCCAUCUCCUGCCCACCGCCUUCAAUUCUCUCACGGAUCCGUGCCUCCCGCCGUUCUGGAAUCAUGGAUAUCCCGCCAUGGCUGGCUUCAUCGCUAUGAUUUCCGUCAUGGUAGUUGUAUGCGUAGAAAUGUUCUUCGCUAGCAAAGGAGCUGGUCAUUCUCACUCAAGCGAAUAUUUAACACCCGGCGAACACCACGAAGACAUGGUCCCCUUGAGAAACAGUAAUCGCGAGGGUGCAUCACGACCGCUGCACCAACGGAGUGACAGUUAUCGACCCUUCAGUCAGGGACAAAUAGGAGCUGACGAGGACAGCACUGAGAGUAUAGCACUGCAAAACGCUUCGCCGUGGCAAGAGAAUGGAGGUUACAAUGACACUGAAACUCUGGCUCAGGAGGGUCGUGCCAGUCUAGAUGACACAGGCAGCAAUUCAGAUCUUGAUCUUGAUGAACUGGAUCCUCACAUGAAUGGCGUGCCAACUCGUCGUCUCACAAGCAAAUUCCUACGCCCGAGUCUUGUUCUGGUCGUCAUUCCCGUCCGACAACAAGUCAUUGCUCUGGAAUAA